GUUUGGAGUUGAAGAACCUCAGAAACAUGCUGAGGCUCCGCCUCCUGUUGGACAGGACCAGGGACAGACUCCGCCCCCUGACCUUCCCAAGGAGUCCACUGUGGAAGAGGAAGCCCAGAGUCCCAACAGAACAGGGGAUCAGCGUGACUCUGCACUGUCGAAGGAGGCGGGGCGUAAUCAGACGAACAGGAAGAGAGUUUACCGCCGUGGAUGAUGAGCGUCGCAGCAGCACCGAGCACCUCCUCCCACAAGAAAGCUGCAGAGAAAGCUGUGGGACCAUCAACCAGUAAAAAGGCAGGGCCAGCCAAACAGGCUACACCCACCACAACCUCCUCCACUGAGGAGGUGGGGCUUAAUGAGAAGGAAACGGCGCCAAAAAAGAAGAGGCAGAAGAAUAACAAAGGACCUGCAGCUCCGACAAAAAAUGAUGAUGUUGUGGACGAAGCCAUGACGAGGCGGGCGGGCGAGUCCAGCAGAGCCGCCUUCAGUGAUGAGUCUGACAGCGUUGCCUUGGAAACAGAGGGAGAGACAAAAAGAGGCGAGACAUCCAUGAAGAACGGAAACGCGCUGACGUCCAGCGACUCUGGGAACCAAACGGACGGACGAGUCAAAGCCAUCGGCUCAAGAUCCGAACCCACACAGCUCAAAGCCCGGCUCAGGACGCCGUGUCCGUACGGGAAGCAGUGCUACAGGAAAAAUCCGCUCCAUUUCCAGGAGUGCAGCCACCCCGGAGACACCGACUACGAGGAGGAGGAGGAGCAAGAGGCGGACCGACCCGAGUGCCCCUACGGGACCGACUGCUACAGGAAAAAUCCUCUUCACAGGAAAGAAUACAAACACACUAAAAGACCAGCAGAUGCUAGUUGGCUAACUAGCUGUGUCUGUGUUAAGUGGACCCGGACGGAGCGCAGGACUCCGGGAUGUGCGAUGGCAUCGGUUCGAGUGGCUGUCCGGGUGAGACCCAUGAACAGGCGGGAGAAGGAUCUGAGUGGAAAAUGUAUUAUAAGGAUGGAAGGCACUAAAACAACCAUCACCAACCUGAAGAUUCCUGAAGGCAUCAUCAGGGAUUCAAUGAGGGAAAGAACCAAAAUCUUCACGUACGACUUCUCCUAUGACUCAAUGGACUGCAGGAGUUCCAAUUUCAUUUCUCAGGAAAAGGUUUUUAAAGAUUUGGGCUUUGACGUGCUGAAGGCAGCAUUCGAGGGCUACAACGCCUGCGUCUUCGCCUAUGGUCAGACCGGUUCAGGAAAGUCUUACACCAUGAUGGGAAACCCAGGAGAGGCGGGUCUGAUUCCGAGGAUCUGUGAAGGUUUGUUCAGCCGGAUCACUGAAGCCACUCGUUGGGAUGAAGCUUCAUUUCGCACAGAAGUCAGUUACCUGGAGAUCUAUAACGAGCGGGUGAGAGACCUGCUGAGGAGGAAAUCCACUCAGACCUACAACCUGCGGGUGAGGGAGCACCCAAAGGACGGGCCUUACGUGGAAGAUCUGUCCAAGCACCUGGUGCAGAACUACAGUGAUGUGGAGGAACUGAUGGAGGCUGGAAACAUCAACCGGACCACAGCCAGCACCGGCAUGAAUGACGUCAGCAGUCGUUCGCACGCCAUUUUCACCAUCAACUUCACCCAGGCCAAGUUCGACGCCGAGAUGCCCAGUGAGACCAUCAGCAAAAUCCAUCUGGUGGAUCUGGCUGGCAGCGAGCGAGCCGACGCCACCGGAGCCACCGGCGUCCGGCUGAAAGAGGGAGGCAACAUCAACAAGUCCCUGGUCACGCUGGGAAACGUCAUCUCUGCUCUGGCCGACAUGACGCAGGACGGCGUGAACAGCAGCCUGAAGAAGAAGUCGGUGUUUGUGCCGUACAGAGACUCGGUGCUGACGUGGCUGCUCAAAGACAGUCUCGGCGGCAACUCUAAGACCAUAAUGAUCGCCACCAUUUCUCCUGCUGACGUGAACUAUGGUGAGACGCUCAGCACGUUACGCUACGCCAACCGAGCCAAGAACAUCAUCAACAAGCCCACCAUUAACGAGGAUGCCAACGUCAGGCUGAUCAGAGAACUGCGAGCUGAAAUCGCUCGGCUGAAAGCUCUGCUGGUCCAGGGGAACCAGAUCGCUCUGCUGGAUUCACCCACUGCUUUGAGCAUGGAGGAGAAACUGCACCAGAACGAAGCCCGAGUUUUGGAGCUGACUAAAGAGUGGACAACAAUGGAAUGAGACACAGAAACAUCCUCAAGGAGGAGACUCUGGCCUCUGAGGAAGGAGGGGAUCGGGGUGGUGCUGGACUCUGAGCUGCCUCACCUCAUCGGCAUCGACGACGACCUCCUCAGCACCGGCAUCAUCCUGUACCAUCUGAAGGAAGGACGGACUUAUGUGGGCAGAGAGGACGCGUUCACCGAGCAGGACAUCAUCCUGCAUGGUCUGGACCUGGAGAGUGAACACUGUAUGUUUGAGAACCGGAGCGGCACGGUGACCCUGGUGCCGCUGGGCGCCGCUCAGUGUUCGAUUAAUGGAGUUCAGGUGACAGAGCCAUCACAGCUCAACCAGGGUGCCGUCAUUCUCCUCGGCAGGACCAACAUGUUCCGUCACCACCCAAAGGAGGCGGCUAAGCUGAGAGAGAAACGAAAGAGCGGCCUGCUGUCCACAUUCAGCCUGUCCAUGACAGAUCUAUCCAAGUCCUGUGAGAACCUGUCCACCGUGAUGCUCUAUAACCCCGGGUUGGAGUUUGAGAGGCAACAAAGAGAAGAACUGGAGAAACUGGAACUGAAAAGGAGGCUGAUCAAAGAGAUGGAGGAGAAGCAGCAGAGCGAGAAGGCAGAGCUGGAACGCCUCCAGCAGGAAGUAGAAAGUCAGCGCAAGGAGUCUGAGGAGGUGCAGCAGCGGAUCCUCCGCCAAGAGGAGAGCCUCCGCCACCGCAGCCAAGAUAUCGAGAGUCGCUUGAGAGACUUCCUGGCUGAGAAGGAGCGCUUUGAGGAGGAGAGACGCUAUGAGAUUCAGGAGCUGGACCUGCAGAGGAGGCGACGGUUGGCGCAGCAGGAGGGUGAAGUCGAGGAGCAGAAGGAUGAAGAGCAGCGCAGGCAGCAGGAGGCCGCAGAGCAGACGGAGAUCUUCCGUGAGCUGGAGAGGCUGAAGAGGGAACGUGAGGAACAGAGAGUGCGGCUGGAAUCUGAACGGUGCCGGCUCGAGGAGCAGGAGCGAGAGCAGCUGAGUCUAGUUGGGAGGCUGGAGGAGGAACUCAGAGAGAGACACAAGGCGGCCGCUGCCCUGCUGACCCGCGAGGACACCCGCCGCCUGGAGGAGGAACGACGAGCUUUGGGAGAGAUAAGGGAAGUGCUGCUCCGUGCCAAGGAGGCAGGGGAGCGGUUAGACGUUAAGGGAACCAGCGAGGAGGCGAAAGCUGCCCAGAACCGCUACACAGACUUCAAGGUUGCGCAGGUGAAGGAGCUGGAGCAGCUGGAGGAGGAGCUCCAGCAGCAGAGGGAGCGGCUGGAGAAGGAGGCCGCUGCAGAUCGUGCCACACUGGUAGUCUUAGCUCAUGGUCUUAAAGAGCGACAGCAGCAAAUGAAGGAGAGGCAGGAGAAAGGAGAGCAGGACCCCACGCUGGCACUCCAGGAGGAGCAGCUGGUGAAACAGGCAGAGCAUCGCCUGCAGUUUAAGGAGCGUCAGCUGACCAGCUUGAAGGACGGAGUCCUCCCUGCGCUCGCUGAAGAGAAGCAGAGAGCUGUGGAGCUGCUGGAGCGCUGCGGCAGCCACAGGAACGCCGAGAACCCGCCGGGGCUGGACAACACGCUCUACCAGGUGGAGAAGGAGCUGGAGGACAAAGAGGAGAAGCUGAAUCUCCACUGGUACAGUGCACAGCAGCUCCAGCAGCUCCAGGAGACCUACGAGUUCACAGCCAAUGUGGCACGGCAGGAAGAGAAGGUGAGGAGAAAAGAGAAGGAGAUCCUUGAGUCAAAGGAGAAGCAACAGAGGGAGGCCAUGGAGCAGGCGGUGGCCAGACUGGAGAGGAGGCACUCUGCUCUGAGGCGCAGCGUCUCCCUGGAGCCCGACUCUGAAGAGCCACAACACCGGAGCUCAGUGCUGAGGAAAGAGGAAAAGGAGAGAGUGGAGCAGGAAAUCCAGAAGCUGAGGCAGAGGAUCAGUGAAGGUGAAGAAAACAGCCGACCGCCGUCAGUCAGUAACGAUGAAAAGACGGGUCACAGCUCACCAGUCAGCCACAUGCAGAGCCUGACCACACUGCUGCCGCUGUCAGACGAACGAAUAAAUACGUACAUCGAAGAUGAAGUCCAGCGACGGUUACGCAAAUUCAACCUCCUUAACAGCCGCAGCAGCCCGGACCUGUCCCUGUCUUCGGAGUCCCUCAGGGACGAUGGGGAAGACGUUAGCCACUGUAGCUCUGUUAGAUUAACAGAGGAGGAUGAUGAAAAGCAAAACUUUAAUCUGAGGAGACUUAAAUAUGAGCACCUCGUCAACCGUCCUCUCCUAACGAGCUCCGGCAGCCUGCAGGAACCCGUUAAGAUCAGCAUUCCUCGUUACGUGCUGCGCGGGCAGGGCAAGGACGAGCACUUUGAGUUCGAGGUCAAGAUCGCCGUGGUGGACGAGACGUGGACGGUGUUCAGGCGCUACAGCCGCUUUCGGGAAAUGCACAAGAACCUGAAGUUGAAAUACCCCGAGAUGGCAGCCCUUGAAUUUCCUCCUAAGAAGCUUUUUGGAAACAAGGACGAGCGGAUUGUUGGUGAACGGCGCAAUCACUUGGAGUGUUAUCUGAAGAACUUGUUCCGGGUGAUGCUGAGCUCUUCCAGAUCUCCUCUCAGAGCCAAUGAAGAUGCUGGGUUCCGUUUGUCCAAACACGCCAUCUGUGAGUUCUCGCCUUUCUUCAAGAAGGGCGUCUUUGACUACAGCAGCCACGGUACGGGCUGACGAGGCGUCACGGAGGUGGGGUUUUUCCUCCGAGUCUCAGGUCUGGAGCUCCGCCUCUCCAGGUCAUCAGAAGACAAACAUGGCAGCUCGUUUCCUGUCCUGCCAUCAAAUAAACUCAUAUGUUCUACACUGACCCACUGCAGCCAAAUCCACAAACACCAUCACACCGGGUCACCAGGCAGAGCGUCCUGAGAUGACCCGAAGACGUUUAUUUGGGACAGGUUAAAGCUGCUGGAGGUCGCUGGCGGUGUGCCACUGACCUUUGACGUUUGUGCCAAGCAGAACUUUGGACUCUGUUGACACAAAACUGAAGAAACGGGUCAGAACUGGUGCCUGAAGAAGUACAUUUAUUGUAAAUAUCUGUGGUUUGUCUGUAAUACAGAUGUCUGACAGCAGGUGGCAGUAAAGGGAAAUUACAUGUA